AUGGAUACACCAUCAAAUCCCACUCCUCAACUCCCAAUCCAAAGCGUCAUCCCCUCUCAACCUCAACCCAAUCCUAAGGGAGGCAUCAAUGCCAUCACCCUAAGAUCUGGAACACAAUUAAAAGAGAAGGGAGCAAAGGAUUCAAAUUCCAUCACAAUCGCUCAAGAGGAGGAGAAAAUAGAUGUAGAAGAGGUAGUGGAAGAGGAGACACCACAAGUCACAGUUGAGAAUGAAGAAGCUCAACCAACAAAAGAGACCCCCAAGACCAAAAGAACCUUGGAAGAAGAAAUUGCUCAACCACUCCCAUUUCCAACACUUACAAAGAAAGCUAAGAAGCGCGUAGAACUCGACCCCAAAAUGAUAGAAACGUUCAAGAAAGUCGAGGUAACCAUCCCCCUCUUUGAUGCUAUCCAUCAAGUUCCUAGAUAUACAAAAUUCCUUAAAGAUCUAUGCAUGAACAAGGAUAGAAUUCUUGAAUUGGAAACCAUCCCAUUGGGGAGUUCUAUUUCCGCUUUAAUGGGAGCAUUACCCGAGAAAUGUGAUGAUCCAGGCCCUUGUAUGGUCACUUGCACCGUCAAUGGAGUUCAAUUCAUAGAUUGUAUGUGUGACCUCGGAGCAUGUGUUAGCAUCAUGCCUCUCUCCGUCUACCGGGUAUUGAAGUUGCCACCACUAAAAAGGUCGACGGCAAGAUUUGUCCUAGCGGAUAAAAGCAUAAUAACCGUGACGAGUGUUGCGGAAGAUGUACUGGUGAAUAUCAAAGGGUUGGUGUUUCCGAUUGACUUCUAUGUCCUUGAAAUGCCAUCAAGCGAGACCGAGAGAGCAUCAUCCAUCCUACUUGGAAGACCAUUUUUGAGAACUUCUAGAUUUAAGCUAGAUACCUACUCGGGAACCUACUCAUUUGAGAUAAAUGGGAGAGUCGUAAGUUUUAGCCUAGAAGAAGCAAUGAAGCAUCCACCGGAGAAUCACUCUCUAUUCCGGUGUGACCCAAUUGACAAUAUUGUUGCCGAAGUGCACCUUGCAAAGCUAGAUGAGAAGUACAUGAUCGAAGAAGCAAAUGAAGAUCCAAGCAAAUUAAACACCACGCACCCUACAAACCAUCCGGAAACUCAAACCUCAAAUAAUGACAAAAAGAUGGAAUUGAAGCCACUACCACCCCACCUAAAGUACUCAUAUCUUGAUGAAGCCCAAAAGCUCCCCGUGAUAAUCGCAAAAGAGCUAACUCCUCAACAAGAAGAAAAGUUGCUAGAUGUCUUGAGGAAAAAUAAAAGGGCAAUCAGGUGGAGUUUGGCGGAUCUAGUGGGAAUAAGCCCCCAAGUAUGCGAGCACCGCAUAUUUCUUGAAGAGGGAGCAAGACUGGUUCGACAACCUCAAAGGAGACUUAAUCCGACCAUUCUUGAGGUUGUGAAAAAAGAGGUCACUCGGCUACUUGAAGCGGACAUCAUCUAUCCUAUCUCGGAUAGCGAGUGGGUAAGCCCGGUCCAAGUGGUGCCAAAGAAAUCCGGGGUGACAACAAUCAAAAAUGAAAGUGGUGAACUCAUAGUAACAAGAGUGCAAAAUUCUUGGAGAGUAUGCAUAGACUACCGAAGAUUGAAUGCGGCCACAAGAAAAGAUCACUUUUCACUACCAUUUAUUGAUCAAAUGCUUGAUCGACUAGCCGGUAAAUCUUAUUAUUGCUUUCUUGAUGGUUACUCCGGAUACUUCCAAAUACACAUUGCUCUAGAGGACCAAGAAAAAAUCACAUUUACUUGCCCCUUUGGAACGUAUGCUUACAAGCGUAUGCCAUUUGGUCUAUGCAACGCACCAGCAACGUUUCAAAGAUGCAUGAUGAGCGUAUUUGCGGAUUUUCUAGAACAAUGUAUGGAAGUUUUCAUGGACGACUUUAGUGUGUUCGGUGAUUCAUUUGAUCAUUGCUUAGGUAACCUUGAAAACGUCUUAGAGAGAUGCACCAAAACAAACCUUGUCUUAAAUUUUGAAAAAUGUCAUUUCAUGGUCAAACAAGGCAUUGUUUUGGGACACAUAGUUUCAAAAGAAGGCAUCUCUGUAGAUCCGGCAAAAAUAAAUGUCAUAUCUAGUCUACCUUACCCCUCCUCCGAGAGGGAAGUCCGCUCUUUUCUUGGACAUGCAGGAUUCUACCGGAGAUUCAUCAAAGACUUUAGCAAGGUGGCCUUACCUCUCUCUCGACUAUUACAAAAGGACACUGAAUUUGAGCUGAGCAAGGAAUGUGUGGAAGCAUAUGACAAACUUAAAGUGGCAUUGGCACAAGCUCCUAUUGUGCGAGGACCGAAUUGGACUCAACCAUUUGAAAUCAUGUGCGAUGCCUCGAAUUAUGCGAUAGGAGCCGCGUUAGCACAACGCGAAGGUAAGAUUCCCUAUGUCAUAGCCUAUGCUUCCAAAAUCCCUCCCAAUCUCAACAAACAUGAAAAGGAUAAGCUGAAAAGCGAAUCCAAAUACUAUGUUUGGGACGAUCCCUAUUUGUGGAGGUGUGGAGUGGACCAAAUAGUGCGACGAUGCAUACCUCAAACCGAAUCUUGUCCCCAAUGCAUUCGGUUUGGAAAUAUUUCUAAGAAGGACGAAAUCCCCCAACAAAAUAUGCUUUUUUGUGAAAUCUUUGAUGUGUGGGGAAUCGACUUCAUGGGACCAUUUCCAAAUUCCAAUGGCUUUCUCUACAUUUUGUUAGCCGUCGAUUAUGUGUCAAAAUGGGUGGAGGCAAUCCCCACCCGAACGGAUGAGGCUCAUGUUGUUUAUUCUUUUGUGAUGAACAAUAUCAUUUGUCGUUUUGGCUCCCCAAGAGCAAUCAUAAGUGACCAAGGAUCCCACUUUUGCAACAAAAAAAUGGACGGCCUCAUGAAGAAGUACGGCAUCACACACAAAGUUGCUACGGCCUACCACCCUCAAACAAACGGCCAAGCUAAGGUUUCUAACCGAGAAAUUAAACAUGUGUUGGAAAGAAUUGUGAAGCCGAAUAGGAAGGAUUGGAGCGCUAAGCUCUCCGAUGCACUUUGGGCAUAUCGAACGGCUUACAAAACACCCAUCGGCAUGAGCCCUUUUAGGCUUGUAUAUGGUAAAGCAUGCCACUUACCGAUAGAAAUCGAACACAAAGCUUAUUGGGCCAUAAAGGAAUGCAAUCUAAGUUUGGGUGGAGCCGGCGUAGAGAGAAAGCUUCAAUUGGCGGAAUUGGAAUGCUUGAGAUUAGAAGCCUAUGACAAUUCUAGACUCUACAAGGAAAAGAUGAAAGCCAUUCAUGACAAGAACAUUAGGAGAAGGGAAUUUAGACCCGGUGAACAAGUCCUCCUUUACAACUCAAGGUUGAGAUUACUACCCGGAAAGCUUAGAUCAAGAUGGGAUGGACCCUACCAAGUAGAAAAAGUAGAACCUUAUGGGGUCUACCACUUGCGCCACCCAUCAAGUCCGGACAUUUUCAAGGUAAAUGGACACCGUCUCAAAUUAUACCAUGGUGAGCAAAGAAAGAACUCCAAGGAAUUUGAAGUGUUCCUCUUGAGGGAUGCAUCUCUUGAACAAGAACUUUGA